AAAAUACAACUUCAUGUCGUGUUCAUAAAAUACAACUUUAUUGUCGUGUUCAUAAAAUACAACUCCAUUGUCGCGUUCAUAAAAUACAACUUCAUUGUCGUGUUCAUAAGAUACAACUUCAUUGUCGUGUUCAUAAAAUACAACUUCAUUGUCGUGUUCAUAAGAUACAACUUCAUUGUCGUGUUCAUAAAAUACAACUUUAUUGUCGCGUUCAUAAAAUACAACUUUAUUGUCGUGUUCAUAAAAUACAACUUUAUUGUCUUGUUCAUAAAAUACAACUUCAUUGUCGUGUUCAUAAAAUACUUCAUGUCGUGUUCAUAA